UAGACUGGAGGAGGCUGGAGCAGGAAGAACCGUAGCAAUCGAGAAUCAUUUCUGUAGAGCAGGAUUGUAGAAAAAGUGAUCAAAUUAUAACAAAUAUAAAACUAAAUCAAGUGAGAUAAAGUGAGUGCGUUCCACGUCGUUGCACGACGUCGUGUGGGCUAGUAACGGAUUAACCUUUAAACAAACAUACACACACAGAGAGAGCAAAUCUCAAAAGCAUCAAGAUGGGUGCCAAAGGUAGCGUUGAGGCUGCCAAAAUGAACUCCGACAACUGGGGCCCGUUCGAGCGUGGCAGCAGCCGGCACUACAGCCACCGACACAACCAGCGGUCCCAGUCGCUGAACCGAGGCCAAGCACUAUCACGGGCCGAUGUGAGUGGGAUGUGGUGACAGCAAGGAACCUCAGG